AUGGCCGAUCUACAGGCCGAAAUUGAAUUAACGGUUGAAUUAAGAAAGUUUGUUAAUAUCGAUUUAUUUGUGCAAGGAUAUUAUCAAAUUCGUACAGGAAUUAAAUUCGCACCACGAAUUCAAUCAGCAACAAAAAUUGAAAUUAAAUCUGAGCUUUCUUCUGUGAUUGAUGAUACAAAUGAUUCUAUUUAUCCUGCAUGUGUAUUUAAUGAUUGGGGUGUAAGCAAAACAUUUUUAAUCAUAUUUAAAAAUGAAGAAGUACAAUUGGAUGAUCAAUUUAAUUUUAAACUUUCAGUUAUUGUUGACGCGCAAAAUAUUAACGAAUGUUUCAAUCGAUUGGAUAUGCAACUUUUGGUGGAACUUUACUUUUUGGAAAAAGAUUAUUCACCGGAAAAAAUGCCAACGAUGCAACAGUUAUGUAGUCGAUGUUAUAAACUCCAUUUUAAUCCUCGAUUUGGUAUUCAUACUCAUGUGCCCAUACUUUUCGAUUAUUUCCAUUUAUCAGCAUUAACUACUACUGUUCAUGGCUCAUUACUUUGUCUCAUUCCACCUUAUGUUUUUGAUCGACCAGCUGUACGGCAAACUUCACUAUUUAGUUUUCUUUUUGGCCAAGAUCUUUCACAAAUUACAACCGAACAAAUAAAUCCUAGUCUUUUACAACGUGCACAUAAUCUUCAUAAUAAUAUUUGUGAAAUUCUUCUUUCAUCAUAUGAAUCUCUACAAGAUUUUUAUGAAACUAUGCUUGAACAUCUUCCUAACAAUGAUGAAAAACCAACACAUAUUCAUCAAAAAUGUCAACAAAAAUUACGUAGUCUUUGUGAAAAAUUAAAAAAUAUUGAUGAUAUCCAUACAAUUGAUAAUCUUGCACAUGCACAUAUUGCACAAUGUUCAGCAGAAAAUAUAAUGCUUUGGUGCCAAUUUAUUCAAACAUUUGGUGUACAUGAAUCAACAGCAAUUGUUCUUUCGAAAGAAUAUCAUUUUAAACGCGUAAAACGCCUAUCUGAAGGUUUUUUUCAUCGUGAAAUAUCACGAGCAAAUUUAUUAACAAAUGAAUGUGAUUCAUAUAAUGAUUUACAUGAUCUUGUUCGAAAUUCUCCUUAUUAUUCACGUUUACCAGCAUUAACAAUUGAAUGUGUAGAACUUGAUGGAAUACCAGAUAAUUUACCAAUACUUAUUGAAGAAGUUUAUUCAGCCAUGGAACAAAAAAUAACACCAAUUUUAUCGUCAGUAAAACCCAAAUCUCAUAGUGGAAGUAUUAAUGAUAAUCCAAUUGUACAAGCUGUUCAGAAUUUUAGCAAAUAUCGUCCAAAUUUUGGCCUUUGUCUUAGCGGAAGUAUGGAUGAAACAGUGCUAAGUUCUCUUUCCAAACCUCCUGAAACACCACCAUUAAAAGCUCAUAAACAACAACUACAACAGUCUCAAUCGGUGAAAACAUCUACUACAGAUUCAAAUCCAAUUUCAACACCAAAAGUUCGUCAAUCAGGAAAAAAUCUUCUUUCAUUUCGUACUCAAACACCAACAAAUGUCAAUCCUAUUGUAGCAUUUUCUCAUGAUCCAUCUAUUCAAUUAACUUCCUAUCGUAAAUUUGAUCACGAUAAUACUCCAACAUUAUCUUCUACAGCUACAGCAACAACAGCAGCACAUGAAAAUAAUUCUAGUCCAUCACCAAGCCUUUUUGCUUAUCAAUCAGAUUCAGAUAUAACCAAUUCAUCACGUUUACAGAAACAUCCUAGUCGUUAUUCAUUACCUGAUGUACCAUUCCAACGCAAUAAUACUAAUAAUAAUACAGUAGUAACAAAACUUGAUUCACCAAUGCUUCCUCAAUUUUUAUGUACAACACCCGAUAAAACUGAUGAAGUUUUUCUAGUAACAAAUGAUCAAGAAAAAGCUGUUGCUGCAUCAACAUUUGGCGAUUCAAGUAUGAAAUCAAAAGUUUUACAAGCAUCAUUUCGUGGUAAAGCUAGUACUAUGGAUCGUCGAACAACAGCAAUAACAACACCAUUUCGUUCUCAAUCAACUUCAUCAUCAACAACAACAAAUAAUCAUAAUAAUAAAAAACAUAUAUAUACUCAACCAAAAUAUUUUACAACAAGAACAAAUGAGAAUUCAACAAAUGGACCUGCAAAUUAUUCACUUGAUUCAGUUCUUAAUUUAACUUUACAAUUAGAACAAACAGCAACAGCUGAUUAUCAUCGGCGACAUACAAUAUCAACAAAUGAUAUUGAUCCAUUAUUAUUAAAUGGUUUAACUGAUGAUGAAAAUACAUUAAAUUUAAUGGAAAAAACAAAUGGACAUCAUUUACCUAUGAUUAUUGAUGAUGAUCAAUCAACAAAAUCGGAAGAAAAUGAUCGAAUACAAACAAAUUCAUUAGCUAAUAAUCAAACAAUUGAAUAUGUUGGUUAUAAAGAAAAAAUGAAACAAAUUCUAUCAACAAAAUAUUCAUCAAAUUUAAUGUUUUAUUCAGAUUUUUCAUCACUUGUAUCAACAAUACCAUAUUUUUAUCAAGAAACUAUACCAUUUGAUUCGAAUGGUAUACAUCUUAUUAUAUGUGUACAUGGUUUAGAUGGUAAUUCAGGUGAUUUACGAUUAGUUAAAACAUAUCUUGAAUUAUGUUUACCAACAUGUCGAUUGGAUUUUCUUAUGUCAUCUUCAAAUCAUUCAACAACAUUUGAUGAUAUUGAUAUUAUGGUUAAACAAUUAGUUGAUGAAAUUGAUACACAUAUUGAACGUUUUGGACUUAAACCACAACGAAUAAGUUUUGUUGGACAUUCAUUAGGAAAUCUUGUUGUACGUGCAACAGUUGCUCAUUCACGUUUUGAACGAUAUAGAACAUUACUUUAUACAUAUCUUUCAUUAUCUGGACCACAUUUAGGAACAUUAUUUAAUUCAAGUGGUUUAGUUAAUAUGGGAAUGUGGUUAAUGCAAAAAUGGAAAAAAUCAUGUAGUUUAUCUCAAAUGUCAUUUAAAGAUCACGUUGAUCCAAAACAAACCUAUAUAUAUAAACUUAGUAAAAAACCUUGUUUAGAAUAUUUUAAAAAUAUUUUAUUAAUUGCUUCACCACAAGAUCGUUAUGUUCCAUUUCAUUCGGCUCGAAUUGAAAUUUGCAAAGCAGCAUUGAAAGAUACAGUUUAUGGUUCGGUUUAUGUUGAAAUGAUAAAUAAUUUGCUUGAACCAAUACUUCGUAAUCCAUCAAUAACAUUUGUUCGCUAUAAUGCUUUUCAUAAUAUUCCAUCAGGCACUAACAAUUUUAUUGGUCGUGCAGCUCAUAUAGCAAUAUUAGAUUCAGAAUUAUUUGUUGAAAAACUUAUCUUAGUUAGUGCAGCUAAAUAUUUUAAAUAA